UAAAGCUUCAAUCCAGCUUCUUGGCGGUUGUCUGAAUUUCGAAAUUCCUAAACUCUAUCGUUGGCCUCAUCGUCAUCAUCUCGAUUAUUUCUCCUACCUUUCAUACUUAAGGCAUCAACAUUUUACAAGCACAUAAAUCUCUACUCAUAGUCGCUAGUCCGACUUAAGUGUUAUUCCAUUCCUUUCCGUAUCGAAUUAAAGCGCCUCUUUGUGUCGGGAGUUCAACGUUGUCUUCCCCCCUAAUCGAAGCUUGGAAACGUCGUAACGUUGUUAAGUCUUAACUUUUGAUAUCCUUCAGCUGCAUCUGUCACUACCAGCUAGGCGCAACUGCCAAUAUGGCACAGAACCACAUACAUAAUUUAGUUACUCUAAUCAAGAGGCUAGAAGCUGCUACUACUCGCCUGGAGGAUAUUGCUUCGUCGACAGUAGAGCUACCUCAAGCUGUCCCCGACCUCACAGCUACCGUCGCAACUCCGUCUAACACGUCGAGCCCUACGCGGCCUACGCCACAGCAGGCUGUUUCCGCGCCGGCCCCUCCUGCACCCGUGCAAGUGCCUCAAGAACCUUUACCCGAGUCUAUUGAGGAAUUCGAUGCUUUCAUCGAUCAGUCGGUUGAUAAAUAUGUUAAGGCUAGCAACAAGUUAGGCGGCUUGAUCGCUGAACAGGCUUCUAAGGUGUUGGAGGGGUUCAAGCAGCAGCGCCGGUUCCUGCUGAUAUCUACCAAGGCUAAGAAGCCCGACAUAACGGGAUCAGAAAUGGUCGUCUACCAAGAGCUGCUCAAGCCAAUCAACGAGGCGCUCAUGGCCGUCGGUAGCAUUAAAGAGUCUAACCGCGGUUCUGCCGUUUUCUCCCAGCUAAGCGCUGUCUCGGAGGGUAUUAUGGUACUGGCUUGGGUCACAGUCGAAAACAAGCCGUUCAAGCAUGUCGAGGAGUCUUUGGGAUCGGCGCAAUUCUUUGGAAACCGAGUGCUGAAGGAGCACAAGGAGAAGGACGCCGACCAGGUUGAAUGGAUCCAGUCCUUCUAUCAAGUAUUCCGUGAUCUUGCCGACUACAUUAAGCAAUACUUUCCCAACGGUAUCCCCUGGAACCCGUCCGGACAGCCCGCAUCCGAGGUCGCGGGGUCACUAGAGUCCGCUCCGGCGACUGGUGCUGCAGCCCUGCCGCCCCCUCCUCCCCCAGCUGCAGGUGGUGCCCUGCCGCCGCCGCCGCCACCCCCGGGUCCGCCGCCUGUUCUUCAGAUCAAGGAUCAACCCGCGGCCUCCAAGCCAGAAGGGAUGGGCGCAGUGUUUAGUGAAUUAAAUAAGGGUGAGAACGUGACCAAAGGCCUAAGGAAGGUCGACAGGUCAGAAAUGACACAUAAGAACCCGGGGCUCAGGGCAAGCUCGACCGUCUCGGAUUCCUCUGCCAGGGGCAAGAGUCCAGCGCCCGGGAAGAAGCCGAAGCCCGAGAGCAUGCGCCUCAAGAAGCCUCCCAAGAAGGAGCUUGAUGGCAACAAAUGGUUAAUCGAAAACUUCGAGAAGCACCCCGAGCCGAUCGAGAUCGAGGCCGAGAUGUCGCACUCGAUCCUAAUCAGCCGAUGCAACCAGACGACCAUCAUUAUAAAGGGCAAAGCAAACGCGAUUACAGUUGAGAACACGCAGCGACUUAGCAUCGUGAUCGACUCUCUCGUAUCGACCGUCGACGUGGUCAAGUCGUCCAACUUCGCUCUCCAGGUCCUCGGCACCCUACCCACUGUCCUGCUCGACCAGGUUGACGGCGCCCAGAUCUACCUCAGCAAGGAGAGUUCUUCCACCCGCGUCUUCUCCUCCAAGUCCUCCGGCAUCAACAUCAACAUCGUCGCCGGCCCCGAUGACGAUUACAAGGAGAUUCCCCUCCCUGGCCAGAUCUGCUCGUAUUACGAUGAGGCGAAGGGCGACAUGGUUAAUGAGAUCGUCGACCACGCUGGUUAAGGGGUUGUAGGGUUUUGUACCAUGUGUAUAUAUAUAUAUAUAUAUACAU